AUUUCCCUUCUUUUAUAGUAUUUUAUUAUUUAUGUCGACUUUACCCAGCGAUUUUAUACACGAAACGGAUACAUCGUUUGGACAACAAAAUUAUUCUACUGAGAAUGGCAACACUUCUUUAUCUACAGAUAUACCGAAAAAUGAAUCCCUUCUGACUAAACGCAAGCAAAAAGACGAUAUGGAUUUGGAUAACUCUCAGGACAGUAAAAGAGUUUAUACCCAACCUACUAGUACCCCAUUUGCUCGAACUCGUAUUAAUCAAGACAAGGAACUUUGGCAAGUAUUAAAUGCUUUGAAAGAAAGUAGUAGAACUGCAGGCGUGAUACCCCGUUUGGAACCACAUUUUACAAGUUUAAACCGAAAAGGAAAUACUGUGGCUGCUUAUCUUUGUAGCUCCUUUACUGACCAUAUAUCUACUGGCUUGAUGGAUCUUGGAUGGGGAUGUGGUUAUAGAAACGCGCAAAUGUUGAUGACUUUUUUACAACGUAAACAACAAGAUGGUACCUCUAUUCUUCAACAAGUUUCUGACAUUUCGGGUAUUCAAAUAUUAUUAGAGAGAGCUUGGGACGAAGGCUUUGAUCCUCAAGGAGCAGCACAGCUACAUCAUCAAGUGUACAAAACCCGAAAAUGGAUCGGCACCACUGAGGUAUAUAGUAUACUUGGAUAUCUUGGCAUUCGGUGUACUAUUUUGGAUUUUCAUCGACCUACUGGACCUAACAAUACUCAUGAGGCAUUGAUGGAUUGGAUACAAAGUUAUUUUGAAAGUGCAAUUCCGAAGAAGAAAUCAACAUCAGACGAUCAACGACGUCAACAACAUCAAAAAAAGGUUGUCCAUGUUACAAAUCGACCUCCACUUUAUCUUCAACAUUCUGGACAUAGUCGAACAGUGAUUGGUAUUGAAUUAUUGAAGGAUGGAAAAAGGAAUUUAAUCAUGUUUGAUCCUGGACGACGCAUGCUACGAUCUUACCGUAAUAACAAACACGAUGAACAACUUCAAGAUCCUACUAUUCCUGAAGAUGACAUGGAAGAAUCGCCAUUAUCAUCGGUCAAUGGAGAAGAUGAGGAAGAAUAUGAUAAUCAACAACAACAUCACGAUAAUGAUUCUUAUGAUGAUGAUUCUUUUGAUGACGAUGAUGAUAUAGAUGAAGUUAAGACACCCAAUGAAAGUAGUGGUAACAACAUUAGCAGUCCUCAACGAGAUACACCACCCAGUACACCUAGUUUUACUUCUCGAUUACUUUCAGGUAUUACUCAACGUACUCAUUUACCAGCCAAUCUUCUUCGACCUUUUCGUGUAGAUGCCAAAACUAUAGCCAAGAAUCGACAAUAUCAAAUACUGGUACUUGGAGAUGUGAUUGAUGAACGAUCUCAAGGUGGCGGUUUAUAUUGGAACGAAAGCAAAGGAUUCUUGUUGGAUGAGGUGGAACGUGAAGAAAAGAAGAAUGUGACUAGUAUCGGAAUGACCUUUUAGUUUAAGUAGAAUCAUCCCUAUUUCAUCGUUUAUAUAUAUUUACAUAUAUUAUACCUUUUAUUAUUAUUAUUAUUAUUAUUCAUAUUGUAUUAUUUGUCUUCCCCAUCUCUCUCUCUCUCUUUUUCUUUCUUUCUUUCUUCCUUCCUUCCUUCCUUCCCUUCCUUUAUAUAUUAUUAUAA